AUGACGGCCUUCUCUACCUCAUUGGGUCGGUUCCAGUCCAUGCGCAGGCGCGAUUCCAAAAAGAAGCCCGUACAGCCCAUCGACGUUGACGCUGCAAAGCAAUACCAUCACCCCGGCCCCUCCUCGGCUGCUUCGACAAGCCUGCUCACACCGCGACCUCAUCAUUAUCGAAGCACCACGCCAUCUCCAGCUACACCCGCUGCUAGCACCUUUGCAUCUCCCUCGAUGGGCCCAGCCAGCACACGCUUCGUCUCUUCUCCUACCUUUGUCUCGUCCACCGCGCUCGCCGCCGACCUCGAUUCACUCACCCCUCCGCUCAGCCCUGUUCACCCCAGCAGCGCCGCAGCAGCACAAGCUUCCAAGUCGCCUCUUCGUCGUGCCCUCUCCCGCUCCUUUUUCUUCGGCGGCACACACUCAACCAACCAGCCGUCCCCCGACCCUCGCAUCUCGUCGCCCAUCCCAAGGCCAGUAGAUGUCCCACCAAAUCGCGCAACCCGCCCAGCAAGGCCCGCUCGUCCGGCGACCUCUCCCGCGACUGCAGUCUCGCCUAAACCCAAUGCUUUCGGCUUCACCGCCGCCGCCAUGUCCCGCUCCCAAACCAGCGGCCCCAUCAUCAUCACCCCACCCGUCGACGUCCCCGCUCGACCACGCAGUCGUACCCUCAUGCCACCUCUCUCCCCCACAGAGAACCACUCCGAUCAGCUCGCCACCUCGCAGCGUUCCACCUCCUCUUCCUGGUCCGCGCGAUUCUCUCGUACGCCUUCGCCUGUUCCGUUCAUCCACACUGGCACCAGUGCUCCCGACACCUGCGCUGAACUCAGCUCGCCGCGCACCUCGCUCAGGUCCAUCCGACAGAGGCAUGCUCGCAAGUCGAUUCAUUCCAUCUUUGGCACCUCGCCCGUCAACGCGUCCAGGGUCGCGCCCGAAUCCAUCGUCGCUGUAGCUACCGCUAAGCCUGUCACCUCGGACGCCGCCCCUCUCCUCUCCUUGCGACGUCGAUUGAUCCGUCGCGCGUCCGAAGAGUCUUUCCAUUGCCGUGGCCCAGACUUUGACGCCCCUCCAGCCGCUGACACCAGGCCCAGCAUCGACAACGCAUCGGCACACAGCCUCGGCUUGCAUGCUCGUCCCGCUCCCGCAGCCGUGCCACGUUCCUCGUCCAUGUACUCUUGCUCCCAUCCCGCAGCCACUCAGUCCAGCGGAGCAAGACGUAUGAGCGAGUUCACCAUCUCGUCGUACCAGGAGAAAGCGAAUGCCAGCAGCCCCGUACAACCCAACGUCCAAGACAUCCUCAGCGAGAUUCAAGCCGAACACGAUGCAGAACAUGCGCUUGCCGGCUUGGGAUUUGUCGACCCUGUGCCUGCUGCACCUCGCGUCUUGCCCAAGCGACUGUCGGCCACAUCCCAGGCGUCGCUCACCGAAAGCAUUCCAGCUUCCACCCUCUCCUCGUCAUCCACCGUCUCGCUCUCGUCUGUCGAAAAUCAGCUCUCCUCGUCCUGGCCUGACACCCCCACCAUGCAAACCUGGUUCUCCACCUGCCCACCUACCCCGCCGUCCUCAAUCCGACUUGAGCUCCAAUUUCGCUCGCUACCGCCGCCAUCUCCCGUACUACUCUCAUCGUCGACGAUGGCCGAGCGCAACGACACGAAACCGAGACCCUUAUCCGGCAUCUUUAUCUCGUCCAACUCGUCCGUUCUUGACCUCAAGGAGGCCAUCGUCACGCGCAUGCACGACCUCGGCUACCGUCUCUCGCCCAAGAAUCUCUCUCUCAUUUUGCAUCUCAACGAAGACGUUCGUACCCAAUCCAAAACUGCUCUCGGCUUGAACCUCUCUGUCUACGGCAAGAACCCUGCCAAAGUCCUCGACGAUAGCAGCAGGCUGCUUUUCGAGGAAGGCGCACAGGAGGAAGACUUGGUCGUCGUAGAUUGCGAUCCCUCGCAUGUCCUCUGGAGUAUUUAG